CCCAAAAUUUCAUCUAAACCUACCUGCAGACCCAUUACCCGUUCUAGUCCAAAUUACUAGCAAUAAAGUGCUUACUCCGUAAUAAAAUACUUAGUCCGUGCUCACAGCUUGGCCGCAGGCUCCAGUAUUGAACGAGUCAUUAUUGGAUGGAAUGAGUUUAAACUUCCACGCUACUAAACAUACCAAAAUACCCCCUAUUCAUGUACAACAAAGCUCAAAAUCCUUCCUCUUAAAAUCACCUACAGUAACCUCAAUCAAUCGCUAUUUAAAACUGCGCUUUAUCUCUUCAAACUUAAAGCUCAAAACGCCUCAGUUGUAGGUUAUAACAGUCAACUCCCUACGGAAUAGGCGUGGCCUCAGAUACCACUAAACGGUCGCUCUACAAGCUCCGUCAGUCGAGAUCCGACGCUCUAUCGCGAAGUGAGUGUAGUGUUGUGUAAAAUGGAGUCCGAAAUUAGCAAAAUGCCCACCAAAAUACCGCCGAAAAACUUCUCCAUCGAGUCCAUCGUCGGGAUAAACGAGCGAAGAUCGCCGGAGAUCGAUAUUGAGAAUUCUAUAUCGCAGGAUUACGCGAAUUCUGAGGAUGAGGAAGCUAAAAUCCGGGAUGCGAAGAUGGGGUACUAUUUCCAGCAGAAUCGGGUGCCGAAUUUCCCGUUUUUCAUGUCGUAUGACAAGAGGGUUAUGGGGUUUGAGGGUCAGGGAGAGGAGCUGAAGAGAGCGAGCCCAGGCAGCGCGAGAAGCGAAGUCGAUAGCGACGGAGUGGAUGAGAGACCACAUGAAUCACUCAGUCCGCAGUCGGAACAAAUGACCAACUCAAAUUCGGUGCCAGACCCAAAUAUAAGACGAUACCGCACAGCCUUCACUCGGGAGCAGCUGGCACGGCUUGAGAAGGAAUUCUUCAAAGAGAACUACGUGUCCAGACCGCGACGUUGCGAGCUCGCUGCGCAACUCAACCUCCCUGAGUCCACCAUCAAGGUAUGGUUCCAAAACCGAAGAAUGAAGGAUAAACGUCAAAGAAUCGCAGUAGCCUGGCCGUACGCAGCCGUAUACAGCGACCCAGCUUUCGCGGCUUCAAUCCUACAAGCCGCCGCGUCCUCCGUCGGCCUACCUUACCCCUACCCCUCCCCGAUGAUCCCCCCCUUCCACAACCCCCAGCUCAUCCCCGGCAACUACCCGUACUACCCCCGCUACCCCUACAUCCCCCCCACGCCCCCCUCGCCUGUCAACCCCGAGAUACGACCACAGUACUCCACCUUCAAUUUAAAUGUAGACAAGUAGGUUUUUAGGUUAUUUAUUGCAUUUAAUUGUUA